AUGGACGGCUUUCUUCCCGCGCACGCAAAAGGCAGCAUUGGGGAAAAAAUCAUCUACAAGGUCUUCUUCAUUUCGAUCGAGCAUGCACUCCUCCGCCGUCUGGUGCAACUGGUUUACUUCCUCGUGGCUGCGCCCUGGUUCAUCGGCUGGUGGGGCUUCCAGCGCUAUGCGCACAUGUUCGUUUUCUUCGUGAUCCGGAACGAAACCUUUGAGUUGAACUACAAGGAGCUUCUUCGGGAUAUCCCUGUGAAGGGCGUGCUCCAUGUGGGCGCGAAUGUGGGCCAGGAAGCUGCAACCUAUGACGAACUCGGUGUACCUCACGUGCUCUGGGUCGAAGCGCAAGAGGAGUGCAGGGAGGAGCUCGAGCAGAAUCUUCGGGUGCACAAUCGUCGACAUGAUCUGGUGGCCAUCACUGCCGUCAGCAGCCGACGAGAGGAGGCGACCCUGUACAGGACAGACAACUCGAUCUCCUCCUCGUUGAAACCCCUGGGCAACGGUCACAGAAGUUACUUCCCCUUCAUCGAGCAGUCAUCCCCCAAAAAGGUACAGACAGAGACGCUCGAUGGACUGUUGGCCCGGCUUUCAUUGGAUCCGGCGGGCUUCGACUUCAUGUACUUAGACGUGCAAGGAAGCGAGCUCGAUGUGCUGCAGGGCAGCCGGGGUGCGCUCGGCCACAUCCGCUACAUCAUGACUGAGAUCUCUGCAGAGGAGCACUACAAGGGCGGCUGCAUGGAGAGCGAUCUCCACGAGUCUCCGGACGUGGUUGCGCUAUGGGUGCUACCACCCUGCUGCCUGUUGAUUUCUGUCUUCUACGCCUUCUACCUCGGCGCACACCCUCUCGAUCCACUCCUAGAGCCGCCGCGACCGCGGCAAAUGCAAGCGCAGCACUCAUGGAUGGUUUGGGCUCCCACGGUUUAUGGUAAGCUUGAGGCGACUUCCGACAGGUUAAACUUCCGCUGCUACAACACAAGCGGCCUCAACCAGAUCCGACACUUUGACUACGCACUGGAGGUCGAGGCGCAAUCCCUGGCGGUGUCCACGCAGACUUGCAUAUGCUGCCUGGAGGACUUCGAGGAGUCCUGUGAGGUGGCAGUGCUCCCAUGCGGGCACGUCUUCCACCAGGAAUGUAUCGCCUCCUGGGCCAUCUCAUCUUCGAGAAAUCGGGGCUCGUGCCCCACGUGCCGGGAGAACUUCGCAGCCGGAGGUACUGAAUAG